AAAGCCUCCCUCUUUUUAAAUUUCAUUUCUCAGACACUACAUUUGUUCCCACCGAAAGGACUUUUCACCUGCUCUCUGGGCAAAAGGUAACUGAAAAUGUCAGACACUGAAGAAGUCAUUGAAGAAUAUGAAGAAGGACUGUAUUGAAGAAGAAGAAGAAGAACAAGCAGAAGAAAUCAAGGAAGAUGCAGAAGAAGCCAUAGCAGAAGAACCAGAAGAGCAAGCUAAAGAACAUGAAGAAGGGGAAUUAAAGCCCAAGCCCAAGUUGUUUAUGCCUAAUCUGGUCCCUCCAAAAAUCCCUGAUGGUGAGAGAGUAGACUUUGAUGAUAUUCACCGGAAGCGAAUGGAAAAAGAUCUGAAUGAAUUACAAGCUCUAAUUGAGGCUCAUUUUGAGAAUCGAAAGAAGGAAGAAGAAGAACUGAUCUUCCUCAAGGACAGAAUUGAGCAGCGGCGAGCUGAACGAGCUGAACAGCAACGGAUCCGUAGUGAGCGAGAGAAGGAACGCCAGGCACGUUUGGCUGAAGAGAAAGCUCGAAAAGAGGAGGAAGAAGCCAGGAAGAGGGCUGAAGAGGAUGAGAGGAAGAAAAAAGCUUUCUCCAACAUGCUUCAUUUUGGAGGCUACCUUCAAAAGACAGAGAAGAAAAGUGGGAAAAAACAAACAGAGCGGGAAAAGAAGAAAAAGAUCCUCACUGAGCGCCGUAAACCCCUGAAUAUUGAUCAUUUGAAUGAAGACAAAUUGAGGGAAAAGGCCAAGGAACUGUGGCAGAGUAUUCAUGAUCUUGAGGCUGAGAAAUUUGAUUUACAGGAAAAGUUCAAAAAGCAGAAAUACGAGAUUAAUGUUCUACGGAACCGCAUUAGUGAUCAUCAAAAGGUGUAAGUACUCAAAACAUGUAGUACAAGGUCCGCCAUGUUUCAUAGCAUCAAGCACUCCCAGUAGAUCUUUCACAUUUAUCUCUUUUUUUUCUUUGCACUUCACAAAUCUUUCCAGCUUUUAAUGUGUGCUCUCCUUUUUGUCAUCUUUUUAUUUCUUUUCCUGUUCUGCUUCAUUCAUUUCUACUAAUCCUUUGCUCUUCAUUUCUUGCCUUUCCUGUUGUUGCUACCCAAGGCUAAUAAAUGAAGACAACACCUUCUGUAACUUGGUGUUCAGGUGUCUUGAAUGAAGCACUUCUACUAUUGGCAACUUAUAUCAUUCACUGCUACUUUUUUUAAAGUACCAUUGUUUUUCUUAUUUAAUUUCUUUGUCACUUAUUUCAAUUGAGCUUUCUCACUUUCUCUUCUGUCUACCAUUUAUAUAAAUUUUGUUUCCCCCUUACUAUUUAUUCUACAUAUUGGGUGUAGGAGGGACAUUAAAUUUUUUUGAGUGAGAUCAAGAAUGAAGUGUGAGACAAUUGUUCAUGGGUCAGCAACAACAUCCUACCUUUGCCAUUAGUGGAUCUUUCCCAAUUAUUUGAUUAGAUCCACUCCCAAACAAUUUGGUAUUCUCCAAUAAAGUUGGAUUAUAACUCUCAAAAUUCUAAGCCAGGGGUGUCAAACUUGAUUUCACUGAGGGCUGCAUCAGGGUUGCACCUCUGGAGCAGGGGUCUCCAACCCUGGCAACUUUAAGACUUGUGGACUUCAACUCCCAGAGUUCCUCAGCCAGCAAAAGUCAGAUCUAAGCAUCCCGUGGGCUGGAUCCAGCCCGCGGGCCUUGAGUUUGACACCCCUGUUGUAAGCCAUCACAGACAUUAUAGUCAAAUACAUCUGUGAAGAGACAGGUUGGUUAAGGUUGUUUUAUUCUUUCCCAUCCCAAUCCAAUUUGUAGCUCCCACAUUUUUCUCUAUUUCUUCAUUUCUAAUUUUCCUUCUCCAGCUGCAGUUUUCACUAAGUUCCUUUGCACCUCCUGAAGCUAUUUUUCUUUUCAUCCCUGAACCUCAUUACUUUCUCAUAGAACCUCAUUCUCCUCAUUUUUUCAGUGCACCUCCUUACUAAGUGCAAGAAAAGUGCAUUAAUUAAGAUGCAUUUGUGAUACUUUUCUAUGGCAUGGCUUGUUUCAGUUCAGUUUUACCACAGUAUGUGGUGUCAAAAUUCAGCUUUGAAGUGGAAACCAUUCCUCACCUGUGGAUCAUAUAAUUCAUUUUCUAAGACCCAGAACAUUCUGUGUCUUGCCUGAUGUGUCAGAACUAUUCUAGUCAAUUAUGAACUAUCAGCCAACAUUGGUAUGGUUCCAUUUUCCUUGGCUGUGACUAUCAGUUCAGAGUUGCGGAAUUAAGGCACAAAGAGGCUAAAAACUCCUUGGUAUAUUAUGCAUGGAUUGAAGGAGUCAGUCUACACCAAAUGGAAACUCUUGAUAUUUUGUAUCUUUAUAUGGACCCUGCUUCUCUUAUUGAUGUGAGCAAGAAAUAUAGCUGUUUGUAGACUGGAAUAAUUCCAGGUUCCUAUUUCAACCCAGAAACAAAUGGCAUGUUGAUUAGGAUGAUUUCUGGUGGCCUUGUUAGAUUCAUCAAAUAAAACUUAUUGGUUAGAUUACCCUACUGAGCACUACUAAACUAUAUUUCUUCUUUUGUCUCCUCAUUUAUUUCAGGAAAGGGUAAGUAGCAUGUUGUGCCCUUUGGGGUGUAUUGAUCUGCUAUGCUAAUUUGCAUUGUGCAAAUACUUAAAGGAAUGGCUUUAAGCGUCACCAUAUGUUAUCAUUGGUUUCACAGCAAAUCCUGAUUUCUCAUCUAUCUCUAUUGAUGGCCAACUUAGGUUUUGUGCAAUGCUUCUUAUCCUCUGAUUUCAGUUUUAUUCCUGGAUAGUCAGGGAAGAGUCAGGGGUUUUGUACCAUUAAACACUGAUACCAUUAAACACUCUCUACUUUCCAAAUUUGGUAGCAUGAUCUGAGGAUGCUCUGGAGGCUGAUAAUAGGGAGCCUGGGCUACUAUAGAAAGUGGAGGAAAUGAUAAUUCAAUAGAAGAUGAAGUUAUAGGGACUGGCAAAAAUAAAUACUAGAGGCUAAUGGUAAUCUGGGAAAUCUCUGUGAAUCUUUUCAGGGUAAUAAAUAUCAUUCUUAAUCUGCCCUCAAAUUUAGGAACAGCUGUUGCCCUUUCAGAGUAACAAGACAAAUGUAUUGGCUAGACAGAGGGGGUAAAGAAUUAAACCAAAUGUUUAUAAAUUUCCUAGUUGGUUGGUCAUAGCCAGUCUAAAGCUGGAUUAUAUCUCCAGCUUGCGUCAGCGACAUUGCGUUCUUGCUCUUUAAAAUGUUUUCCGAAUGGCUCAUGAUGGCCUAUGUCCAAAACACCAUGAACCAUGCACUUUUGUUUACAGAACAAUCCACUUAAGGGAAUGCUCAGUAUUAAAACUGGAUAGGCAAAAUUUAGUAUUCUUUCUCAACCUGGCAUUCUCUAGAUAUUCAGGACCUAUUCCCACAAUCCCCAGCAGCAAGGACUGAGUAUAGCUGGACACCAUUUUCAGAUCCCAGGAUUACACAAAUCACUGAGGAGUAUAUACAUAGGCAAACAGUUACAUAUGUCAAUUUAUACCAGUGUCCCUCAAAUUUGGCACCUCUAAGAUGUGUGGAUCUCAACUUCCAGAAUUCCCCCAACAGCCAAAUUUGAGAAACACUGAUUUAUAUCCUAGUUAUUGAAAAUGAAUGAAAAUUCAUGAAGCUUGCUUUCUUGGCAAAACUUGCUUGUAGAAGUCCUAUUUGCCAGUGUGGAGAACAAAUAAUUUUCAACUUAUAACAUGCAACAGGUAGGAAACCAGAUCUAAGUGGAUCACUAGGUUAGAAAAGAAACCACCAUGGCUUCUUAUUAUAGUGACCAGCAAUCCUGGUUACAGGAAGAAGCAAUGUGAUCUCUUUAUUUCAGGAAGAAGAGGGAAGACAAUUAUUCCAUUCCUACCAGUCAGCUAAAUGUAUUCUUUAGUUGGUUACAGAAAACCUGUUUGCUACUUUCCAAUUAAUAAUGUCAGCAAUCUUUUUUCACUAUGGUCAUAGUGAUAAUGGUGACCAGUUGACUUGUGAGAAAAGUUUAUUUAUUAGUUUUUUAAAACUCAUUUUAUUACUUUAUUACUUUAUAAGUAACUCAAGGCACUAAACCAGUGGUGGGUUUCAAAUUUUUUUACUAUCGCUUCUGUGGGUGUGGCUUAGAAGGUGUGGCAUGGCUUGGUGGGCAUGGCAGGGGAAGGAUACUGUAAAAUCUCCAUUCCCUCCCCAAUCCAGGGGAAGGUUACUGCAAAAUCCCCAUUUCCUCUCAAUCAGCUGGGACCUGGGAGGUAGAGGAUAGAUGGGGGCGGGGCCAGUAAGAAUUUUUACUACCGGUGCUCCGAACUACUCAAAAUUUCCACUACCAGUUCUUCAGAACUGGUCAGAACCUGCUGAAACCCACCUCUACACUAAACAUCCUCCUCUUUUUCUCCACAAAAUUUAGUAAGGCUUCGCAUGGCUGUGUAGGAAGUUACCAAUUGUUUGCUGCAGCAUCAAUCCAGGCAGAAUUAGGGAGAAAAAUAUUUUAUAUCACUAUUUCUUUUAUAUUUUUACUUAUUGUUCUUUUUAUUGAAAAAGUUUUACAAAGAACUAAUUUUUAAACCAUUGUUCCCCCCCACUUCCCCCCCUCCUCCCU